CGUUGAUUGGUCAAUCGCUUUCUUUACUCUCGUACUGAUUUUAUACUUGAUCCUAGAACACGGAAGCUGUUUCUUGACUUGAACGCGUUUAACCUUCAAACUACAGGAUUAACGGAAGUUUGAGGUAAACAACGUUAUGGUCCUUGUUGUUGAACGAAAAAGGAUGAGACACUUUUAUUUCACUUUUGUUUUCAAGAUUUUGUCACCCGAAUUUGCCGCCAUCGCGGACAGUUCCACAUCAUAAUCAUUCGGCUCCUGGCUGGCCUCAGGGGCUUGAUGUGUGAGCUGUAAACGCACCUCACUUACUGCAGAUUUUAUCCUUCACAAUGCCCUCUCUAACCAGUGAAGAGAUCACUUUCUUUGUCAAUGGAAAAAAGGUUGGUAAUUGCCUCGAUCUGCGUUUGUUUGAACCCUCGAUAUUCACCGUUUUGACUUCUACGUGAUAUUGCACCUAUCAAUGUAAAGCCGGCGGGGGGGGGAAGGCAGGGCAUGGGGUGGAGAUUUGACAUUCUUUUUAAAUUCACUGCCCACGGGCAAACCAUUCCAGUCAAAUGCAACCAAAUUUCUUCACUCUGGGCUGCACAUUGCUGUCAAAUAUCCUAAGGCUGGACCCAAGAAAGGCACAAUAAAAAUAUCUCCAAAUAAUACUCUGCAAUCUCUAUUUGUAUCACGUUCUGCAUCACCAAAGAUGCAUGUUCCUGUUACAGCUGCAAUUAUACGUUUCAGCCAUAAUCUGUAUUACACUGCGUAGAAUACAGAAACCUUUAGGAGAAAGUCCACAUUUUGUAAGUUUAAAUAUACCGUUCUUAGUAAAGGGUAAAAGGAAAGUCAGUUUUAUAAGCUUACAGUGACGGUAGCGAAUGAGCCAUACACUGAUUAAUUGUUCUUGCAAAAAUCGACUUGGCUGCUCUUUACUUCCGUUUACUUUGAUACCACAGUAUCUUAGUAGGUUCAGUUGAUCAAAAACACGGUAAAACAAACGAAAUUUGAAGACAAAACAGUGAAAUCCACCCUGCUUUCGCUUGUUCUUGUUGGCCUCCAUGAUUUCCAGAUCUUUCCAGACCGUGCGGCGCAUGCGUGAAGUGUGGAAGUGGGAAACAUAUGUUUAGUCUCAGUCUUUUUUGUCCGAGUCGGCAGUCAAAUAUCUCCACGUCGGGCAAAGAAAGAUUCAAAUAUCCCCACACCUGGGAGAACAAGAUCAGACAAAUGUUAAAUGCCCUACCCCAGAUCCAACAACGACAAUCAACUCCCCACCCCAUGCCCUGCCUCCCCCCAGGCUGACCCCCUGGCAUUAGCAUUUGUUUUGCCUUGGAUGGCAAAUUCUGCGGGGUGGGGACUCUCGCGCUGUCAAUCCCCUGGGGUGAGGACGAAAAAGAGGGCAAAUGCCCUGUCCUCCGUGAACACUGCCACAAUUCAUUGAUUGCACAGUCAAGUGGUGCCAUUUUAAGCAUCUUAAUGUGCGAUUUUUUGUUUCAAUUUAUGUCUUCCUUUGUAACUGAGUGCUAUUCUAAUUAAGAGUUCACGCCGUGACGACACCAGUUUAUGGUUUUAGUAUUGUUAUAAAUAAAAUUAUUGACAUUAAAAUUAAUAGUGCGCUGUAAAUUCUUAAGUUAACUGUUAUGAAUAGUUUUAUAAAUAUGAAAGGAUGAUCUUCAAUAGUAUCAACAGAAAUUUGAUUCAUAACCCAAAAAACGUUGAUUCACGUCGAUAGCUCCCGAUUUGUAAUUCUGUUAUGUAAUUCUGGCUUGAUAAGCAAUGAAGAAAUGCAUGCAUAAAAUCGAGAACAUGCCUUUACAAACUUCUUCAAUUUUUCCCCAUCUUUGACAAACGAGCCAAUCUGCUUGUUUUUCCAGUAAAAUCCUCUGUGUAGUUAUAUUCUAAUAGGAAACCGCGUGUGCAAAAUUUGCAAAUGCCCCACCUCCGGGACUGACAAGGCCGGCAGAUGCCUGCGGUAGACCGCAGGUGGGGGGGUUUGGCUUGGCUUGGCUUGGCGCAGCUGGAAUUGACUGAUUCUGAUGCAUAAGACCUGUACAAGAUUAUAUUAGUGACGUGUCUUUUUUUCCCUAGGUUAUAGAGAGAAAACCUCAACCUGAAAUGACGGUACUUGGAUAUCUUCGAAACCACUGUAUCCUUUGAUUUAAAGUGCAAAAGAUUUUUAUCUUGGUUCUCAUUUAUCACAAGCUCUGCACAUAAGCCAAUCAGUUAAGGUGUAGGGCAAUACAAGACAGCAAUUCGCUCAAAUUGUUAUUUACGAUAGGACAGACGCACUUGUAAGUAAAAGUGGGGAAUCAGUAUAUGGUUGUAAAUAUUCUCUGACUACACAAUAAAGACAGUUUUUUAUAUGUUUUGAUUGUGUUCUUGAUCAUAUACACAGCAAAAAAUAACGGAUUCCCAUUUUUGGAUAUUUUAGGGUAUUUAAAGAAUACCCACAAAAAUCCCAAAUUUGGAAGAGUGAGACAAGUCCCGAUCAGGGAACUUGGUUGGGAAUUCCCUGGUUGGGACUUGUCUCACUUUGCGAAAUUUGGGAUUUUUAUGGGCAUUCUUUAAAUACCUAAAAUAUCCAAAAAUGGGAAUCCGUUAUUUUGUGAUAUGUAGGUGAGAAAGGUCUUGUUCACCAAUAUUGUCUACAAACAAUUAUGGAUGAAGUUUUUGUGAUAGCUAAGUUAAUCUAGGUUGAAGCAAGUGGUAUCACAUUGGAUUUGGCUGUGAUAGCCACAAUCGGCGACAAAAUUGUUGAGACUUUGCCCUCAAAUGGGGUUACUUUGAAGAACAAAAUAAUUCAAACCCACCUCCCCCUCCUCCAUUCAAAGUUGGGGUGUUUGUUGUUUUUGUGGCCUACUGCCUCGAGGCAAAAAGCCACAUUAAUCCUUUAUCCCAAAUUUAUAAGCCUUUCCCAUAGUUAACAGCUCUUAACAGCGACUUUAAAAUUUUUGGAAUUAUUGAGAAUUCCUAGGAAUUCCCCAAAAUUCCAACUGCUGUUUUCACCCAUUCCCAAGUAUUCCCCGAAAUUCCAAGGUUUUUUUAUCUUUGCUCAUUUUGCAUGUCUUGGAAUAAAUUGGAAUUCCUAGGAAUUUCCAGAACUCUGGGAAUUCAUUUCACAAGGGUAGUGUUCAAAUGUAAUGAAUCGAAGAAGCUUAAAAAUUUUAAUAAUCAUUUCUUUGAGUGCCAAUAUCAACAUAACAACAUUUACCAGCAUCUAUAAUAAUAUACACAAUUUAUUGCGACUAAAAUCUUUAGAAAACAAUUAUCAACCGAUUUAAGCACAAUUAACUGAAAGCCUGAUUUAUUCAAAGUGUGACUAAAGUGUGACUUCAGUACCUGAGCUUUCCAAACAUAAAAUCCACAACAUGUUUUUCAUUGAAGCUUGGUAAUAAAAGGUCAUCGUUUCGAGAAAACGCAAUGUAAAUUUUUCCUCUCGCUGCUUACACCUCAAAAGCGUUGGACCAUUUUAUUCAGCUCUGAAAACGACCGCUUUUUUCGACUCACUAAACUAGAUAACCGGGUAGAUUGCCCGCCAUGUUUGUUGGUUGAGCUAUACUGGUUACCAGUCUUCCACCAAGUGUCCCUCAUCACGUGCGCCUUUGGCAUGUGUUUGGUCAGUUCUAGCCUGAGUAUCAGGCCUUCCUAAGGGUCUAAGGGAGAGGAGAUUUUAGAUGGAGGAGGGGGGAGGGGGAGAAGAGAAAGAGUAUCAGCUCUCUACCUUUUUCGCUUCCAUCUUUCCCUUUCCCCCCAGAAACGCCUGCCAUCUUUCCCUUUCCCCCCAGAAACUCCUGCUACUCAGGCUAGGUCAGUUCAAAUUGACGCGGACUUGCCAUUAACAAGAGCACAAGGACUUUUCAUCUGAAAUUGACGUUACUUUAAAGGCGGAUUGUUCAUUUAUUUUGUUGUUGACAUAUGAAACGUGCUUCCAGUCAUGUCCGAGGACGAUAAGUCAGCUGGAUUGUGGAAGGUAAAGGUAUGUUCCUGCUUCGUAAUGUGUCUUCUGAUGGUAAUUGCGUACUCAAAACAUGAAGCUGGAGAUCAAAGUUAACUUAUAGAUCGUUCCGAUAUGAACGGAAAACUUCAAGAUGCAAUGGAAUAUCAUUUAUUGGUUACAAUGGUUCCUUUUUGUUCACUGCAGACAUAACUGUAGUCGUUGUUGCAAAUGGUUGAUGGAAUCCUGCAUGAAUAAGCUGGCAAAUCUUACAGCAGAAUCUCGAUAACUCGAACUCGGAUAACUCGAGUUCCCCACUAACUCCAACUAAAUUUGCUUUCCCUUGAUCAAAAUUUCGCUGAAAUUUACCUGAUGACUCGAAUAAUCCCCGCUUUAACUCGAACUCUUUGUCGUUUACCUUCAGAGCUCGAGUUACCCGCCCGGGCUCCUACUUUAGUUAUGAAAAUGUAAACGCCAUGUACAUGUCUAUAGUGUACUAGAAUGUUAUUAUUUCAGUUUCCAGUUCAUUAUCUCGUUCUCAGUUUGAGACCUGAAGUAAACAUUAGCGGCUUAAUAAGGGCUUCGCAGACAAGUUUGAAGGAAGCAUAUAUUAGUUGGCCUUACCUACCUGCAGGGAAUUGUUGGCCUGACUUUUAUUUUUUUACAUUUAUGAAUUUGUUCCCUUUGCAAAAUUUAUUUUAGACUGCGAGCAGUCUCUCUUUUUCUUCAGAUUUAGUGGGAGCAAUGCACGCGCGCGGGAGCGGCGAAGCCGCGAGACGCGCGAAACGAGGGCGGCAGCCCGAGAAGAAAAAAGAGAGACUGCCCGCUUAGCCAGAGCCAAUGAAUUAAGCGUUGGCCUCACAACGCAAAAUACGAUUGGCUGAUUUGUGAGGCGUUGACAACAAACUGUCAACAAUCGAAACCAUUGACAAGUUGAUGGUGGCUGAAGCACUGCAGGAAAGUUUGUCACGUUUCCCGAAAAAAAAAACAUUAGAUACGGAGCAAAGAGAAGCAUAAGAAGGUCUCAUCUCUCCCGGUACGUGACGUGAUCGCGCAAUUUAAAUGCUCAAAGCCUUUCUUCACUGUCAAGGAACGCUUUCGUUCCAAAACGGUUGUCUUACUUUGGAAAUUAAAACAGAAAGAAGCAUUAGACUGUUUAUUUUAUAAAGCUAAAACAAUAGUAAUUACCAAAGGAUGCACUACAGAACAUCGCGCUAAAGAACAAAGAUUCUCAAGAAAGAAAGAAAAAACAAAUCGAAUCGGCGCCCAAAGAAUGAUCUUGAGUGACUUGCAGCGUUGGCUUAGCUUUAGUUAAGCUACAAUUAGGAUAUGUAGAACUCUGUCCCGUGAAAAUUCAACAUCCUGCAAACAAAAACUAGGCAACGGGUGAUCUCAUUCAAAACAUAAAGCACAGGAAAUGAAUUAUUCAUAUAAGAGAAAUAGUCCAGCUUCAUGACCUCUAAAUGUGAGACCAGCGGCCAAAAUUAAGAUUUGCUCCGUCAAUUAGAAUCGACUCUAACUCUAUGCACUGCAUAAGCUGCGCUUUAAAAAGAAAAGUAGAAAAACCUCUGUUGUUCAAGCAACUCUAAAGUCACGUUUCACGUGCCUGGCCUGUCAACACUUUAGUUUUGACGCCAAAAAAUCACUGGACCGUGAAAGACCAUUCUCUCUGGCUUUGCGGGUAGUCUCUCUUUUUUCGUGCCUCUCCCGUCUCGCGCCAUCAGUCACGCGCGUGGCCAUUUGCGUUUCUCGCGUUUUGCUCGACGGACUACAGAAAAAAGAGAGACUGCUCGUAGUCUAAAUUUAUUUAAUCAAGACUGUUUUCCUGUAUGCUCGAGUUACAAAUGUGUGCCACAAUUUUUCAAUACUAAUUCAGGAACUAAUUUAUAGCUGAGGACUUCAAUUUUUUUUAUUCAAUUCAAUUCAGAAGUGAUUUUGAACACUAUUAUCAUAAACUUGUUUAAGGUGGCUCCCUAGAAUAAAUUGGCAGUGCGCAGCCUGAGCACUAGUAUGGCGCGAGCUUUAAAAUCUGCGCGACGUCCACGCAAAAAUUAAAACAAACAUGGCCUCUCAGUUUCGAAAUAUUCCCCCCAAAAAACUUUAUUAACUUUCUAUUGAAGCUCAUUGUGCAAAAAGUUUGAUUAGUGUAGGUCAAAACUUUAUGAGAGGAGAGAAUGUUACACCGGUUACAAGUCACUGUCAAUCUCCAUAAGAGUAAAUUGUAUGUAAAAACAAAGCAGAAAUUUUCCAAAGACAUAUCAAUGCUUUCACUUCAAAAGUAGAUAAACGUUAAAUAGUCUAAGUAAAUGGUGAGUGGAAACUUUACUUGGAAAACAAAGAAGUAAGUACACUAACCCAGAAGGAAGCAAUGUUGCUGUUUCUGGCCCUUGGUUCACGGUCAGUGGAAAGAUCUGAAAGAUUGAGCCAGUUCCCGAACAAACAAUGGAGAUUGUCUUCAAAGGCAGAGCUCCUCGGUCACUUUAUUUCUCUAACAUUUGAUUUUAUUUACGUAAUUCUAGAAGUGGCUUUAAGACAAGAUUACAGGGAGUGUAAAUUUUUUUUUUGUUUUGCCAACUCUAUCACAUUGGUUAAAAAACUUAUCAGAAAAAAGGUUUCCCACAUAACUUGCAACCUAAUCGAAGGAACCUUUCCAUCGAUGAACCAACAUCCUUGUAUUUUUUCUUGUUUCAAACGUCCUUCAACGCACAUGCAAGAUGCACUGGAAAGUGUUUUUGCACAACGAGAAAAAUUUUUUACUCAGAUUGACCUUUGACGGAGGCAAUAGUUGUCCGUCGAGACCUACGGUCUUGUACGUGUAGCUGAGGACAUGAUACAAUUUAAAGAUCGGCGCCAUCUUUUACAGCAGACUUUUAAAGAAAAACUUCACCGUCGAAAUUAUCCCUAAAUAAGAACAAGGUUGAAAAAGUAUCCGGAAGCGGGCUGACAUUUGAAGAUCUGCAAACAGUGUACAGCAGAUUAGGAAAUGAAGGGCUUAUUGCGAUCCUUGCACAACCACCGUCUUCAUCUCCGACGAUCACCAUCCUCAUGAGUGACCACCACGGUUUGAAUUUUAGCUACAAUAGUCAAGUACUUUGAAGAAAACAUCUUGUGUCAGGUAUAAAAUUGAAUCCGCCAUCGCUCCUUUUUCAACUGGCGAGACAUCACUGUAAUAAUACUAAUAAACGGCUUCAAAACAAUGGCGUUCGUACUCUUCAAAGAAACCACAUGUUUUCAGUAGCUUUGUGCAUUAUGCGCAUGCGGGCGUGAUGGCUCGUGCGCGUAUUUUGCUCACACGACCCAGAACCACGCGUGUUUUUCGGAUUUUUGUGACGUCAACGUAGUUAAUUAACCAUGAAUUUCUUGCGUUUCCUCCGGUAAAUUUUUUUAAAAAUCGCCUCAUUUCUUAACAGUUGCAGUACCUUUGUACUGUCCUUUUUUUGUUAAAAUCUGUAAGAGCUAAAUUCCUCCAUUAAGAAAAAUUACAAAUUUCAAAAUAUUGGCAAGACCCCAUAUUUUUUCCACUUUAAAAUGUUAAGCAAUAUUGUUAACAUAAACUGGCAAAGUUUAAAGACAUUUCACCGAGGGAAAUAAGAAAUAUUAAGAAAAAAUGACAAAAUAACUGCCUGUCUAAGGAUGCGAUGUUGGCAUGGCAACGGCCUUAAUCCAGAAAAUGAAACUUUCUAAAGGAGCCUUCUUAUAUGGGUAACCUUAGGGCUUGGCGCACGCUACUGGUGUUCACGAGCGUAACACCGUGCCUUAUGCACGAUUCGCGUUCAAGAAAAGGCACGGUUUUUGUGCCAAAACACGGGAAAAAAACAUGCAAAGGCACAGAUUAGGCACAUUUUAGGCACAGUUUGGGCACAGUUUUGGCACGGUUUAGGCACAGUUUAGGCACAAAUAUUCAACGCUGGGCACUUUUUUGAAAGUCUUUGCAACCCGACUUGUAAAAAAGAACAAACUUGGUACGAAUUACAAAAAUUAGAUAAAGCACGAUACAGUUAGAAGUAUAGGAAGUGUAAGUUUUGAGCCACGGCGAAAGUUGGGAAAAUUAUUUAAAGUGUUCUUCGACAGUCCCUGUUUACUCCGAGGAUAAAGUGGAAAUUCACACGCGAUAUAUGCGGUCUGAACCUUUUCGAUUACCAUGCAAUUUUAUAGACUGAGCUUUCUUUCGUUUCUAAAAGAAAUCGUGAAAGUAAGUCAAAGCCAUAAUAACAAAAGCAAAGCUAAAGAAGUAAGGCACAAAAAUAGCCAAUAAAAAGUCGUAGAAAAGACUUUUUGCGAUUGCGGUAAAAUUGGUCUGAAUUUGCAUAACAACAUGAAAAGUGGUAAUUUGAAACCUUCAUGCCAACGCGUGUUUUUUUUUUAAUACAAAAUGCCACUGCUUUUUAAAAAUAUUUCUCUAACUAAAAAGGUAGAAUUUACACCUGGUAGUAAAAUAAUUCAAGCUGCUUGUUUGUUUUUGUUUUCUGGCUCUGUUAGCAAAUUAAGCUUUCAUCGUAUAAUAAUCGAUGAGACGUGCCAAUUUGCUUCAAAACUCAUCGGAGUGUAAUCAAUUUUUUUGUUUUCAUUUUAUAAGUCAUAUCACGAGUAUAUUUUUUUUUUUGAAUGUAAAUCUAUCCUCCUGCAAAAACAAAUAUUUCGUUCCAACUAAACGCUCUGUUAAGAAGGGGAGAAGAAACCCACUUAACAUCAGUGAAAUUCUCGAAAUCAACAUGUAAUAUUAUUGAGCUGAACACUUUUUUUAAAUACGCUAACCUGUUUAAGAUUCCAGUUUCCUGUUUGUCACGGCUUUCCCUGCUGUCUCUAACUGUAUUCUCAGUCAUGUUAUUUCUUAUUAGGGGAUAAAAAGCGUGAGGUUCGAGUUAGUGCGAGGUUCGAGUUAGCGAGGGUUUGAGUUAUCGGGAGUCGACUGUAAGUGUGAUUUCUUUGAACAGACCAUCCUGCGCCAGAGGGUAUGAAGAUCAACGACAUAUAUGGAGCACUCCUUCCUAUCCAUCAAUAUCUGCAUUCCAAUCUAGAGAUCAGCAGGGAGGCGCAGAUAGCACAGAAACAAGCCCAACGUGAUGACUACGAGCGGACAGCCAAGAAACUUCAAGAUCUACAACAAUUUUAGAGUGUCCGCUUCCAGUUAGAUCCUAAGAAACCAAUCUCGCAGAAAGCCACAGUGGUACAGCAACCAAGUGAAAGUUCGCCCAGGUGAUAUGAGGUACAGACUGAAUCCGGUGCCCGGUACUUCAGGAAUUGUCGCCAUAUUCUACCAGUGAUUGAGAUCCAACCACAAGAAUUAAACCAGGCCCCAUUAAUUCCCCGAACAGAACCAAAGUCACCAAGUCCUGGACUUGUCAAACGUCCCAGCUCAACAGCAGCUGAUGUUGCUGACCAGCCAUCACCAAAGCAAUUGCCCAAACAGUGUGUGCCAGAAAAGACCCCAGUAGGAAUUGCGUUGUCUCGUCUACAACGAGCUAUAAGUCCACCUACGAGACUAAUUGAACAAAUCUAGAGACACUAUAAUAAUUUAAGAGAAAUGUACUUGUAGUGUGUCGUAUAUGUAAUUGUAGCUGUAAUAGCUUUUCAUGACAAGAAUAUCAUUAGUUUUCUUUUCUUUUGUUCAUGAACGUGUGACAAGUUUUCAGAUCAGCAUCUCAACUUUUGCGCGUAUGAGGAUUUGAAAUGUGUUCCAACUUUAGAGUACACAGGUGCAAGAAUCCCUAUGCUAAAUUUUCUAGCCACUUAUCAUCUCUAAAAGAUGGCGGGAUGUUGCAAUACGCUAUGCACAUUCAAUUAGCUGACGAUUGUUUAGAUAGUUAUUCCCAAUAUGGACCAUUCUUUGUUCAUAUUUAAUUAGCUGUAGAUCGUGCUAAAAAUUAUUAUUCAUUGUGCAGUGUAACUUUGUAGUUAAAACCGUUAGGACACUGAAUAAAUUUCGCUCACCAAAAGUUGUCUCGUCAGGAUAUUUUCUUCAUUCUGCAAGCAGAAAGUACACGAGGCAACAUUAUGAUGUUGCGUUUAACUCAACUCUUUGUUAUUGUCUGACUUACAUGUAUCUUUUGGAUUGGUACCUUAUUGAACAUUAGAGGGACUCGUACCCUUGUAUCACUAUGUCACACUUACAGACUGCAUACCCAUAGUUUUCUUACUAUUUGUUCCACUCUGGUUUCCUUGUGGCUAUAUAUUUCCAUUAUAAUUAGUUAUGAAGUCUGCAAAAUUAAUAUCAGACGUUGUCCCUGAUUCAGGUGAAGCUAUAUAUACAGUAAGCCACAUGUAGUCAUAGACUGCCUAUUUUUUACAGGUAGCUUGAGCUGCAGCAGAACAUUACAUGAAGUGGGUGCAUGGGGGAAGGAAAACUUUAUUUUCCCCUUUUUAAGUUGGCAAAAACUCAGAGAGGGGAAAAUGUCUCUAAUUUUGUGUCCAAUUAUUGUAGGUUAAUGUAGGUUGAAGCAAGUGUUAAACACUUUGACUCUGGCUAAUAACACCUCUAGAGAAGAUCCAGGGGGAGUACUCUGGAGUUAAACUGAUUGGGAUGAUAAAAAGAGGUCAGAAAUCAAAACCAAAAAUUAAUAAGGGCUUCUAAUAAAAAAUUGAGGAAAAAAGAACCUGUUUUUCAUUCAAGAAAAUGUAGCUUUCAUUCAACUUUCGAUCUAUCAGCCACACAAUCAAUUCCUACAACCAAUGAACAAAUCAUGAAAAUUAAUCUACAUUACGUACUUUUGCAGAUAAAAAUAUAACAAAUUCUGCAUAAACUUAAUAUAAAGAUUAACUUGUGAAAAAUUGACUGAAAUAUAGCAUAAACCAGUGGGCCUUUAUGAAAACAGAUCAUAAUUACGUUUUCAUUCAGAUUUUAUGAUGCACUUUUUGUUUACAGUGUUAUUCAAACUAGUUGCUUCUUCUUUCUAGAAAAAAGUAGCCACAGGCCUCUGUGAGGAAAGUAGCCGAUGCAUUUUGUCGGCUGUCGGUGCUUUUUGAAACCCCUGAGAGGCACUCAGUCCAGAUCUUGGUAAUGAGAAGUCGUCAACAUGGAAUUUCUGCAGUCAUUCUCAGACUGUCCUAUAGAAUACACCCACAUUAACUGUAUGCAGACAGCCAUUACAACACCUGAAAGAGGAUCAUGAAGUUAUCAGUUAUUUUAUAAAGAUCCCUCCUUACAGAUAACCAAGCCAGCCCAGGAAAGGUUGGCCACACCACCAGGGUCUAUGUCCCCUACUCUUCUCAAACAGUACGUAGUGAUGUGGGUUCUCUUAUGUUCCACAAGAACUGUGCAGAUAAGUGGACGGGACUUGGAAGUCUAACCAUUUGCAGAUGUCAUUACACAGGAAGCACUUUCUUCUCAGUUAUUUAUUUAAAGACCUUGAGUGUUGGUCCGGCUAGGGUUUGAACCUGCAACCUCCCACUCAGCAGACAGAUGCUUUCCCAUUUGAGCUAACCAGGCGGUAUAUAAAGUAGCAGACCAGUGCUUUGAUCAUAAUACAUUGUUUUUUAUGUGCAGAGUGUAGAGGUCAAUGAGAAUUUGUUAUAGAGGAUUUGUAGUUGCAUGCUUAUGCAUUCACUUUUAUAGUAGUUGUCCUUUAUUAAUGCUCUCCUGUUCUGACUUCCCAGUUUAAAAAUAGCAUGUGCAAAUACCUACAAGAAAUAAAAAUCCCAUGUAGAGUGAAAGUGCAGUCCUGAAUUGACCUUAAUAGAUAUUCAGUGGGCUUAACAGGAACCAAGCUUGGAUGCAGUGAAGGUGGAUGUGGGGCCUGUACUGUCAUGAUCUCCAAAUACGAUCACAAAAAUAAGAAGAUCAAGUAUCCUUUUUGCAAUAACAUUCUCCAAGAGUGUUUUUACAUAUUUUCCAAAAAGGAUGGGUCUCCUCUAAGGAAUGGUCAUCCAAAUACUCGCAGGGAACCUUUCACUUCUAUAACAGGGCUAGCUGAAAAAAACUCUCACCAAAAAUCCUUAUCUCUCUUCUUGUAAAACUUCAAAGGAAUAAAUAGUUCUGUGCGAAAGGUCUCCCAAAGAGGUGUCAUUACUAAAUUUGAAAAUAAUUAUUUUUAUAUAGCUAAAAGUGCGAGUCAAAGUGUCAUUUUUUUCCUGUUAUCUUUGACAUUUUUUAUGCACUUUUCUGCAAACGGUUGUUUACUGCCAUUGUGUGCAGUGGAUGGAAUGGCAGUCACUACAGUGGAAGGAAUCGGAAGCACCAAGACUACACUCCAUGCUGUACAGGUAGAAAUAACAUGAAAUACCAUACCUUAAUAAUUAGGCUGGUUUUCACUAAUGAUGGAGUUAAGCUGGAGUCAUAAGAGUGCUUUGACAGUAUAAUGAAAAUGUGAGUGCGUGGAGACCUAAAUAGCCUGAGCACCACAGACGAUACUUAACUCUGGUUAUGCGUAAAGGUCGUCUACGAAACAUUUCCAAAAUCCUUGUUCUGGGGCCCCCAUCUGUAUAGCAGGAUUUGAGUAUGCACCAUGAUUAGCCUGGUAAAAAAACAUUGUCAAUAAUUUGCCAGCCAGGUUAAAAAGAAAUCAAAAUGCACUCCCAGUAAUUUGCUAAGUCUGUUAGGGACCCAUAACAAGGUUUUUGAUGCUGUUUUGCAGGUACUAACUGGGGUUUGAUAACAUAUGCGACUCAGACUAGGAGUCAGAAGCUUGACUGAAGAAUCAGAAAUUUUUUUGACUCUGCUUAUGGCAACUGCAUCACUUGCGAUCAAGACAUUUAGUGAAAACCAGACUGUUGAAGUUGGAAGCAGAAGCAGACGGAUUGACAAGUCACAAUGCUUUUCAUGCUGCAUUUUGUGAUUUCUUUAAUAGUUCUUCUGCUUCUUCUUGUGACUUUGAAAAUUCAGUUUUCACUAGAGGAACACUGUUUUCACUAGAUUGUAUCGCUCUAUGCUUCUGAUUAUGCCUCUGACUCUGACCUCAUUGCCGGUGAAAAUUACCAGCCUUUAUUAUUUAUUUUCUGUUGCAUACUGGGACCUGGAAAUCCACUUAAUUUGAUAUAAAAUCUAGCAAAAGCUGAUCUCUAUUUUUUUUUGGAAUGUUUUAUUCUAAAGGAGAGGAUCGCUAAAUCCCAUGGAUCCCAGUGUGGAUUUUGUACACCAGGAAUUGUGAUGUCAAUGUACACCCUCCUGAGGAACAACCCUAUACCAACAAACGUAGAAAUAGAAAGUGCAUUUCAAGGUAAUGGUUUGUAGGCAACAAAAUAAUGGACUUUUUGACAGGUUUGAUUUGUCUGCGGUAAAUUCUUUUUGUUGUACCCUGUUGUUAAUAUGACUUCCCAUAUUUAUUCGAUUAUUAAAUUUUUGGGUAUUGAGAGUGGUGCUUAUUCUAGGUGUGGGCACUUAUUAAAAUUUCAUCAUUUUCAAAAAUUAAUAUUAAGUUAUUUUUCCAACAAUUUUUUUCUCUCUGUUUUUUAAAUAACAAAGCUUGAAGAUAUGUGCCGCAGAACAGACUUUUAACUGUUCAUUGAAAGUAUAUUUUAAAAAAGACUAUUAUAAAGGUCUUGGUCUUUGGAGAAGUCUACAUGUAUCAGUAGUCAAUUUCUGUUUCUUGUCCCCAAGGUCAAUAUGAUUCCAACUCUUUGUUUUUGUCUCAUAUAAAAUUAUGUCUCACAGUGUAACGUCUUCAAAUGGGUCAGUCAACAAAAAGCUGAUAGGGCAAUUAAGAAAUUACUUCCAGUUCUCUUCUUGACCAUCUCAGAUUUUUUUGUUUUGGGUUUGGGGGGGAUUGGUGGGGGUGGCACUUAGUGAAGCGCUUAUUUAAAAUUUUCCUCCCUACAGGAUGGGCAUUUAUUUGAGGCGGGUGCUAAUUUGAGGUUGGGUGCUUCAUGAAAUAAAUUACAGUAUUUGUUUUCCAGGUAAUUUAUGUAGAUGCACAGGCUACAGGCCUAUUCUGGAAGGAUUUAAAACUUUCACAAAGGUGAUAAUAAAUUAAUUAUUUUGCCCCACGUUUUUACAAUGUUGCUAGCAUAAGAAAGGGAAGAUUAAAAUUAGGUCUCCUGAUCAAGUGAGGCAACACAAGAACAAGUUUGCAAAUUUAAAAGGUUUUCUUUUCACUGACUGAGCUAAUUAAACCUUUCGGCCAGCGAUCAAAUGUGCCUCUGUGACAGUGAUCAUGCUGUCUGCUGAUCAUGAAUGGUUUGUUAUGUUUCAGGAAUGUUGUGGUAAAGGUAUGAAUGGCUGCUGUGCCACAGUAAACCAGAAUGGAACAGUUAAUCACAAAACACAGAAUGGAGAUGUGAUGGUGAGCCUUUGUAUAUGUUGUAGUUAAUUUUUUAUUUCAGUUAAUUUUUAUUUUUCCAUUGUUUUGGGGUAUGGUAAUGUAUGCUAAUGAAUUUAAAACAAAGGAAAAACAAAAAUUAACUGACAUUAAAAAUUAACUGCAACAUAUAUAUAUAUGUGCUAACUAACAACAGAGAAGCACUUCAAACUAAACUGAGAAAAAGAUUUCACCUAGAGCCUCUUAAACAGCUUAUAGAGCUAGUAUAUAUCAGCGAUUGUGUUGUAAUUGAGAUGAGACAAGCCAUCGAAAGGUUGGAGGCCAACAGGACCGCUUCAAGGAGGAAAGAAGAUAAUCAGCCAAAGGUUACUGCUUUUUAUAUGAGCAGUACAUGCUCUAAUAGCAAAAAACUUGACAGUGACACAGACUGUGAGUCCACAUCAACCUCAUCUACAAAUAAUGAUUUGGAUAGUGAGAUUGCAUAACAUAACUUUAUGCAUGUAAUCAUUUUGUUAAAAUGCCGAUGAAAUUGUUUCAGUGUUACACAAUAAUGGAUGUUGUGUUGAUGCACCUACUAAUCUUUUUGUCAAAAUGCUGAUUAAAUUGUUUUAGUAUUACACAAUAUAGGACUUUGUGUAAAACUGAAUCUAAAUCAGAUCCUUUAAUACUCAAGCAUCAUGCUGCUCAGUAGGGAUGCUACUUAAAAGAAACUUGAAGACUCACCCUAGGUCAUCCUUUGGCAUUUUAAGGCCCCCAAUUUCUCCUCCACCCCCCUCUCCAACUUAAAUUAUGACUGAGAUUUAAACUCCUUGGCCACUGUGUCCUUACUUGCCUACGCCCUAUUACAUUUUGCUCAAUAAGUGUUUUUGCGGACAACAAGUCAGGAGCCUGCAAUACUAUCUGGAACUUGUUAUUACACAUGCAAUGCCUGUAUGUAGCCAGCAUUCGUUUGAAACUUCCACUAAGAAUGGGUGGAAUGCACAGAAUGCAAUUUGGUCAUGCUUGUUUUGACUAACUCUCACGUCAAAGUUAUGCAAAGCCCACUAGCAUGGUGAUGAAGCAAAAACGUUUUGACCUUCCAUCAUUGUCGCACACGGUCCGUAACCUUUGGUUAUUACUAGUAUUAAUUCUUAUGAGCUUGGAAAAUUUGGCAGGUUUAUUUUUUUUUGGGGGGGGGGGUGCUAAAAUAAAAAUUGAUUUUAUAGUCCUUUGUACAUGUGGUAAAGGAAUAAAUUUUUUUCCAUCAGCUUUCACCCUUUAACUUCCAAGAGUGACCAUGAACAUCAAUUUUCUUCUAACAAUUAAUCCAUACAUCACCCAGAGAAAGGUUUAUGAUAAUUAGUAAUAAAAUGAUCACCCAAGGGAAAAUGUUUUGAUCUUUUUUUUUUUCUCUCAACUUAAUUUCUUAAGAAAAUGUCUGUAGAACAGUGUGAAGAAUAUAUGUGGAUAUUGGGGUUUAAACGCCUGUUAACCUGUCCAGUAUUCAAACUAUCACAGUUAACAUUAGACUAGGGUUUUAAGGUUUCCAGUACAAAAGAGAAAGAAAGGCAAUGUUGGCGAGGAGAGAAAAUGUAAAUUAUUAAUGUUUAUUUGUUACAAAUGAUUUAAUAUUUCAUUAUUAUUAUUUGGGUUACACUUGCAGGGUUGCAAUAAAUUGUUUAAAGCAGAGGAAUUCACUCCGUAUGACCCUACACAAGAUGUCAUUUUUCCACCUGAAUUGAUGGUAAGCCAGCUAGCCUGUAGCAUGGGGCACUGAUAUUAAUUAAGUUCUACAGUGGAACCUGUAUUAAGGGGAUACCGUAUUAAGCAGACACCCUCUAUUAAGCGGACAGUAGCUGAAGUCCCCAAAUUUAUUUCCCUUAUUUACUUGAAAUGAAACCUUUAUUAUGCGGACACCUCUAUUAAGUGGACACAGACACCUAAAAAGUACCUGAAAUGGUCAUUCCUAUUGUUGCCAACCUGUAUUAAAUGGACACUUGUAAUUAAACUCCACCACCCAACAUGCCAGACACCGGAAAUGCGAAAGAUUGUCACCCACAAAUUUUAAUAUUUUUACAUUAAAAAACGUGACUUGACGAACGUAUUUGAUUAGUUUCACAGUACAGUGUUGUUUUCUAUUUCGUUUUGUUUCUAUAGAGCUUGUUUCACUCAUCUGAGUUCUUCAAAUUUGAGUUGCAAUCUAAGUUUAUGGUACUAUCAUCUUUAAUAAAGAAAUUAAUGCAAAUGUGUAUCGUCAUAGUCUCUGGGAGUAUUCUAAACGUUUCCACUGUUUAUUUGAAUGACAUUUGACACCUCAUAUUACGUUAUCUAUCGAAACCUGUAUUAGGCGGACACCCUGUAUUAAGCGGACACUACAGCAUUCCCCGAGGGUGUCCGCUUAAUACAGGUUUCACUGUAACUGUAAAUUAUAGAUUAAAAUAAUUGGUUGACAAAAAGUUUGUAAAAGUGAUUAAAUUGAAAAUUUGAGGAAAGAGUAACAAUUUUACUGAGAAAAAUAUCUGGGAAUAUUAUACUGCGGUAGGAUUGUUCUGCCAAGUCAGGUGAUGAGUGCCAGAGCUGUUACUAACGGCACUUUCCAAAAGUCAGAACUGGCCAGCCGGAUCAGACAUUUUGGCAAUGACAUUUUGUCAUAAUAUUUAGGAUUUGACUGAUCUGGAUGGUUAGUUUUAUUAAACGUUAAUUCUCAUUACGAUGGGAAUGGGCUGGUCGGUCAGUUCUGACAAAUGGAAAGCGCCCUAAUAGUGGGGCCAUGGAAUUUGGUUGAGACCAGAUACCUUGGCAACAAAGAGAAAUUGACAAAUUGCAAUUGCAACUUGCUUCAAAAUUUACUUAAUUAGCCCUGAUGAAAUUGUUUCUGUUUCAGAGCAAACAGGAAUUGCUCUUGGGCAUUUUUAAUCAGAAAUAUGUUGCUUACGGGAGAUGAAUAAUGAAUGUACUCACUCACUUUUAAUGUACUAAUGGAUGACAUGAAAUAGUUAACCUUAAAUAGUCUCCUUACAUGUACUACUAUAAUUUAUUUGAAAUAAGUCUGGUCCUUUCAGCUGAUCCCCCAUUUUAUAGAAAGUCCAUUUCUACACCACUUUCGUGGAGGGUCGUGGGUUCGUAUCCCAUCUGGGGCUCUUUAUACCUCCACAUUUAUCACUUUGUGAAAGGUUUGAACCCAGGAGUCAUUUCAAAAGUAGGUUGAGUUUGAUCGUCCGGGUGAACGUAGUCCUGAAUAGGACUGUUGUUGUUAACAGUGACUGACGUUUCGACAACCUGUGCGGUACGUCAGUUGAUGGUAUUAUAUUCUGGUUAUUGAUUUGAUUGGUCAAUUACGUCGUGAUGUUAUUGGUCGUCUGUCAGUUAAGCCGUGAUGUUAUUGGCUAUGAAGACAACAGUAAUUGGUGCGUUUCGAUCCGUCUAUUGUCACAGUUAAACAGUCGUCUAUUGUCAGUCAAAUUGUCAUUCUCUCGUAGUUAGUUUUGCUUGAUCUCGUCAAUAAGUCGUUUGUACGGUGCUGGUAACUGUUAGAUAGAUAGAUAGAUAGAUAUCCUUUAUUUUAAAACGAUGAGUAUUAAAGCUACAUGAGCUUGUGGGGUCGUUUGCAAUUAACUAAUAACAAGUAAAAAUAUAAAAAACUAGGGGUAUAUACAGACAAAACGUUUGCACUAAAUUAGCGCUUACAAAUAUGAAAUUAUGAGCAUAAAUUUAAGUAUAUACAAAGUCAUCUUUUCUAAAAUUACAAGUGGAUGCAGACGUUAUCUUGAAGCUGAAUUCAUUAAAAUUAGCUUGAGAUUUAAGCUUUAGCCUGAGAUCACGAUAAGGAAUGUUUUUUGUCAGGGCACUACAGUUGUUGGUCACUGCGUUCCACAGGACUGAGCCUCUAAACGCGACAGAGUCUUCCAUGUAACGCGUGUUGAAGCGUGGAACAAUUAAAGAAGCGCAAGUCCGGGUUGAAUAGUUUGUGGCCCGUUUCUUAGAAAUCAGGUCGAUUAAUGUGACAGGUAACCUAUCGUGGAAAGCUUUAUGAAGACAGAUAAAAAUGGCUAAUUUAUAAUAAAUAGACAGAGUCGGCCAUUGGGCCCGUUGUAGGACAUCAGCAGAUGCCAUGUCUUUCGGCAAAUGAAAGAUAAGUCUCGCAGCCCUGCAGCGAAGUCUUUCCGGGGGCUGAAAUAAGUCGGAAUUGCAGCAAGAACCCCAUAGUAUAAGACCAUAGGUCACUGAAGGCAAGAUGACCUUAAAAUAGAGGUCCUGGCGAACGUUUCUAGGGAGAAAUCUCGACUUCUUAAGUAAUCCUAGUUUUUUAGCAAAUGAUUUUUUGAGUUCCAGCAUAUGCUGAGUCCUGUUGGCUACGAUUCAGUGGCGUUUGUUCUAAGUUAGUAAACCAGCUUUCUAAAGUAAGACGUUGAUAGUAGUCAGUAGAAUACGUUAUACAUGUCGCAGAGUACCAGUCAAUUUGAUGUUUCGUCUUUAAAUGGUGCUCAGCAAUGUGAUUGUUGACGUCACAAUUCUUCGUAGCUCGUUUGUGUUCGGUCAGUCGCGUGCUUAGGUUUCUGCCGGUUUCACCAAUGUAAGAAGCCUGGCAGUCGCAGCAUUUUAUACCGCUCCCUGUCUGUCCUCCGGUUUGUCUUUGUCCUUGACAUUAGUAAGCAGUCGCCGUAAAGUGGUUAUCGGCUUGUGUGCAACACGUAUAUUGUAAGGUUGUAAUAUACGUGCAAUAGUUUCAGAGGUGCCUCUGAUGUACGUUAUAGUCGCUGUCGUAACAGGGCCAGAGUUGGUCUGAGUGUUGGAAUCAGUGUUACUGUGAGUGUUCUGUCGAACAAAGUCCGUGUUGUAAUUGUUCUUACUAAAAACGUUGUUAAGAUAAUCAGUCUAUCACUUUCCCGGAAGCAUUUUUUUUAUUAAUGACCCACAUAAAGUGUCUGUUGUAGAGAACCAGAAAUUAUUCGCUGGACGUCAAGAAAACAGUAAUGGACUAUUACAUUAUUUUGCUAUUCUCUGAAUUCUUAGCUCCCAGAAGCUGCCAAGCCAAAAAGUUUGCACAUUAAAGGAGAUCUUGUGACUUGGUACCGGCCAGCAAGUUUGGAGGAGUUGUUGGAAUUGAGGGAGAAACACCCACAAGCUAAACUUGUGAUUGGUAACACUAAAGUAGGUAAGGGCUGCCUUUUUCCCCAAAUGUAAUAAUUAUAACGCGGGAUGUGGUCAGCCAGCGUCAUAAAUAAUAAAAUUAUUCGGGAGCGCAUUCCUUUCGUAUUUUUCUUGGGAGUCUAAAAUGCCUUGUUUUUUUAACCUUCCCAUUUCCCGAUCCCAUCCUGAGAAAAUCGUGUGAUUUUUAUUGGCUGCAACUUCGAAUAACGUGCAAGUCAGGUUAGAUUGAACAAGCAGGAAGAAAGAUACCGCGUCAGCGGGGAAGGGAAAAGUAAGCUUGCUGCGUAGAGGAGCCUGAGACGACUAAGACUUGGCCUCGAGUGACUGAAAAUAUUGGCCAAGUCGCUCAGCUGGGCGACUUGCUGGUAUUGGUUUCUUGAUUUACAGUAAAAAAACUAGAAUUAUUUUAUUACUGGGGACUUUAGCUUUGAGGCGAACUCUUGAGGUCGACUUGUAUGUAGUAUGUCUAUGUUGUCGAAGGCCGAAGACACGAGUGGCGAAGCCGCGAGAAAAAACCUCUGGCGCAGAGCACCUUGAUUUACCGUGCUAGAUGGACCUUGACCUUGUCUCUAAUGGGUCAAUCAAAGCGGCGGUCGCGAGACUGUUUUUAAAAUAAGCUAAUUCAAAAGUAAUUCACAUGUAAAACAUAAUCCUUGACUAUGAAUGUGACAAAGCUGCACAGUUUUCGAUUUUAGCAGUUUUUCACAGAUCAAUAUAACAUUAAAUUUUUUCUUCAAAUCAGGAUGGUUCAUUAGUUAGUUUUUCAGAAGAAAUUGUUACUUCUGUUGUUUCGGAAUACAACACUAUUGUUUCGGCAACGCGAAACAAUAGUUUUGUAUUUCAAAAUAAUCGCUGAAUAAACACGGGAGUGGCUCUUUUCAGUGCUAAUUGAAUUUUUUUUACCUGUUUCUUACUGCUGUGCUGCUAAGCUAAAACAUAACUUAAGAUUAUCAGUGUUCAAUCUAGGCUGCUUUUUUGCAUCAUUGACGCGGAAUAUUCUGUUCUGACCCAAAAUGAAAUUAUCAUGGAGUCAUGCUGACGCAAAAAAGUUACCUCCUUAGUAUGUAAGUGCUUCCAAAGCAGCAGGUGAUAAUAAAAGUAAGUUUUAAGAAAAGGUGAGCUUACUAGCCUGAAAUGAGCACACAGAAUGAUUGUCAUUCAAUUCCAGACUUCGUGCUUACAAUUAGUUUUUAUGCCAGGCAUUCCACGCAAUUCUGAGAGACCGGAGCGUACGUUUGGACUCUCUGCAUACAUUGCUUUGCCGAUCGAUUUGCCCUUCGUUUGUUGACUUUGUUCUUUUGUUUUCAUUCCAUUAUGAAACCGCAAUUAACAGAAGUUACAGUGUAAAAUCAUUUUUUACAAGAAAGAGAAUGGCAGUUAAGGUUGAAUAUGAAAAACAUGAAGAUGCAUGUCCAUUAGAGUUGUUCAAAGUUUCAAUAUCAUAGUUUGACCCACUCCAUGUUUUAAAUGACCCAAUUUAAAAUGCUGUGUGGGGCAUAUGACCCGCACUUUGACCAAUUUCUAGAUUGAGCACUGGAUUAUAUUGUUAUUCCAGUAAAAUACGACGACUAUUGUUCUGAUUUUUUAGCUAUUUUGAAAAAAUAGCUCAUGUCAGUGGUGUGAGCGUGUGUAUCUUUGUGGCUUUGUAUCUUUGUAUGUUCGGAUGUUUGUUGCAAGAGCCAAUAAGGUUGAAGGUACUAUGAGUUGAUGCUUAGGAACCAAUGAGAUGUUGGCAUCUACUUAAACAUGACAUUGCUAAAGGUCGAAGAAGGGCACUUUAAGAUAGCCUGCGUAGCAAGCGUUUCCGUUUGGUUUCGGAGUAAAGAAAGACCGAGGAACGGGAUUUUCGGUUUUGGCCGCGCGAGAAAUGAGACAAGAGCCAAAAAAUGAAAGUUGGGGGAGGGGAAGGGGAAGGAAGGAAACGCCUGCAGACAAACCCCUCGAUUUUAAAAAACCUGCGUUCGCCAGCGAACGCAGCGCCUGAUUGGCUUGGCUAGUCGAACAAUGUUGACAUGUGUCGAUCAAACGUUUGUUUCGUACGUGACACGUAUCAGGGGCACCCAACGAGAAUAUAGUUCAAAACCACAUAAACAUAGCAUUGUUUAACGUACUUUAGUAUUCAAACGGUAGAUAAAGGCUUAUUUUUAUCCCCUAAAAAUUUUUCAUCUGUUCGGAUUGCCUAGCUGAAAGUCUAGUGAUCCGAAAAUUAUAGGGAUCAAAAUUUACCUUUUCGAAAAUUUCAGCCAGAAAAAAGGCUCUCGAAAAUUCUAGGUGACCUUUUUAGGCUAAAAAUCCGUUAAAAAUUUGGCAAUUAUACGAUUGAAAAUCCUAGGAGAGGCAGGCAAGCAAGAAAUUUUUCAGAAAAUGAUCCGAAAAUUCUAGACCUCAAAUCGUCUUCCGAACAGAUAAUUUUCCGAAAAUUGUCGUUGGGUGCCCCUGACGUAUAUUAAUUUUCAGUGAUUGUUGUUUAUUCUGGUCGGCAAGAUUUGCCCGCCAACGCAAGAACAUUUUCUUUGACCUCUUUUGAAACGUAAGGCUCUUCUUGCGACUAAAUAAGGGUUUCAGAUCGUUUAAUUUAUUCUCCAAAGUGCCUCCUGGAUCUUAAUAAAGAUUUUCUUUUGUUCGCGAAUGCGAUGGUUUCCUGCACUGUGUCAUGCGGGGCCCAGCUCGGUAGUGUCUUUUUGAGGGAUGCUGAAUUCUCUCAGAUGGUGAUUUGCAGACUGUUAGACGGAUUAAAAAUACAAAUGUCCAAAGCUUGUAUUGAUCGUUCAGAUUCAUUGAUAUUUCAACAUAAACGCCGUCCACGUGUUACAAAAUACAAAAAAACAUAUUUUGGGUUCACAUACGCGUCCUCUGAAGUUCAUUUCCGCUCCACUGAAAGCCAAACAUUUUAUUGGUCAAUUAUGACAGCUGAUGACAGCAUCAAAUGUCGGUGCGCGAAAUCAGGCAUGACAGGCCAAAUGGGCGGUUUUCAAAAUCCCGGGGUUUGUCUGCAAGCGUUUCCUUAACUUUCUUGGCCACCCCCUCCCUGCUCUUUUACUUACGCCGUUUUUCGCGCGGUCUUUGAGUCUCGUUCCUCGUUCUUUGCUCCUAAACCGCACGGAAACGCUUGCUACGCAGGCUAACUGUAAGACCGCCAUCUUGAUUCUUCACAAUUUUUUCGUCUUCUAUUACGGCUACAGGUGUUUGGAAACAUUAUAUUAAAUAUCUUCAUGAUUCAAACGCUGUGUACAGUGAUGCAGCUGCUUAAGGGUUCAUAUUUUAGGGUGGAUGCUACUUCAAGACAUUUCUGACCGAAUUCGGCUAUCGCGAACAGUACCACGCACGUAUUUAUGAGUUGUGUUUCACCUGCGUCAGGGUAAAGUAUAAAAGAUCAUAUAUUUUCAAAUCUCUUCCAGUGAAGCAAUAAUUGAUAUUUAGAUGUGGACUUUAAAUCGAAAGUAUGCGGCCUAUAAAAUGUGGUUUUAGAAGUUUGAAAGGCAGCUUAUUUUUUUAAAGCUGUAACGAGUAUUGUUAAUCGUGUAAACAAGCUGUAGAAAUAUUUUCUCUCGCUUACAAAGUUCAAGAGACCUUUUUCGUUCCGGCAAAACAGAAAAAAAAGAAUAAUAAGUGAACAAUAUGACACAUCUUUCCUGCAUACUAAGCAUUAUAGUUAUUGAAAUGUAUUUUAUUUAGUAAAGAUGUGUAACUUAAGUAGAAACAGUAGCGUUAGGGAAUAAAAUUGGAAGAAGCUAGUUGACACAAUAAUUAGAUAAAACAUACUUUAAUUGCAGAUGUUGUAAUGAAAGUGAGGUGAUUUCUUAAAACCGUUCGAAAAAAUUUUGUGGUAAACAAUUUGCGUUUUUUUUACGUACGAAUUAUAAAAGGGCCAAAGACCAACAUCUUCACGUGCAAAUAUUGUGUGCAGGAAUUAUUUUUAUAAUUCUCUGUUUACUCGAUUACUGUGUGAUGACUCGAAUUCCCUCACGUACAAUCCACGAAAGGGGGCAAAGUCCAACACUUUCAGGUGCCAGUUGUGUGACUGUACAUCUCAUGCAGGUUGGCUUUUCACAAUAAUAAUUAUAGUAACUUGAACGUAUGAGGACCUGUUUCGUUUUGUAACCAACGCCUUAAAAAAGGCUCUUGUCUUUUGAGAAGCAAUAGCUUUUAAAACAUGAAGAAAGAAGUUGUCGGAGUUAAACACUGUUUCACUGACUAGAAUCGCACGUGAAAACUUCGUGAAUUGUGAUGAUGCAACCAUCUACCACAAUGAUAAAAAUCCUGGUAUUUCGUAACUACCCGAAUUCGAUGAGUCACAUUUUGGCUUAAGAAACUCCGAGGAAACCUUAGAGUUUUCCUUCUAAUCAACGUUUGGUGAGUAGAGAUAUAUAUUUUACUUUGACAAUUUGUUUAACUUGCACCAAAUGUAACAGGGAGAGACAGAGGAAAGUGAAUAUAUAGCAUGAGGAUCGACGCAUCUGAGCGUUUCGCGUUUUCAUUUAUGUACGGCAAUACUCAAUUUUGCACAAAAACCCAGUGUACGUUUAGGACGAAAAAGGUAGAUUCAUCACUCGUGGUAAGGUUACACUGAAGCAUUAAAGUUACACUGAAGAAUUCAAAAUAGCUCAUGCACGUUUAACGUGCCUAUGUUUUUAGAGACAGGUAUAAAGUGCGCACUACGAUUGCGAUGCAUUGUGGAUUCAAAAUUUUCAAGAUGGCGGCGAAGGUCGAGAAAUUUCGCAGGUUAUAUGCUUUAUUUUUCAAUAGAUACAGUUCUUUCCUUAGAUCGUUUUUCUCGAUUUCAUAAGCUAAUAUCUGUUUAGAUUUUUUCUGUGAAGAAAAACAAAUCAAUACUCUUCAUUUCAAUCUAAAACGUGGAGCCCGAAGUUUCCUCCUGUAAGAGCAUGAAAUUUGAACCCGGUUUUUAAGAAGCUAUAAUUUCCAUUAUAUUGCCCGUCGAAAGUGGAAGAUAGUUGUAAGUGUUUCCACAAACCUUGUUCUACGCUAAUUUUUUAUCGCUCCCCAACGCGCCCCACGUUUUGUGAUACUUUUUCCGAAUUGAAACCGGCAUGUUUUCAUAGGAAAAUGUAGUCUCGCGAAGACCAAUGUGACAUGUUACUGGAAGUGUUACUGUUGUAAUCACAAGCUGAUCACAAAAUAGCGGGGCAGCGGCGACUGGUUCCUCCAAACAAUAGCAUUAGGAGAGCAUAAAAUGUUCGAAAUUGGUAUAUAAAUAGGCUGAUGAGCACUCUGAUGUAGGAAUGUCUGUUUUUGUAAUAGGACUAAAAAAAGCAUAAUAAAAUAAUAAUUUGUAGUCAUACAUUUGAUUCCCUUUAUGCAGGUUUAAAAUCAGUAGGAUAAGAGUUACAGGUAUUAAAUUAAAUGAUAAGUUUGAUUAUACAGUUAAGCCCUGUGCAUUUUGAAACCAGCCAUCCUUUAUGAAAAAUGGUUUUUGGGAGAAUUGCAAGAAUAGUGCAGUGUAGAACAAGAGUUUCAUAACAUCCACCAAGCUUGCACUUUACUUUUAUUCAGAGAAAUAUGCACAUCACUCUUGAGAAAAGAAAACCAUAAUCUACUUCCAAGUUUGUUGUGUGUUGUUGUGUGGAUGUUAUGACUUUGUCAGUUCCUUGCCUAGUCCCUUUUUUAUUCAGUGGUGAUUAGCCUCUGUAGCAGGCCUUUAAAAGGAAAGGGAAAGGGGUUUUGGGCACAAGAGAAAUGCGAAGACUGCACGAGGAAGGAGGGAGUGAUUUCAACAUUCACCUGGUUGAUGUUUAUAAUGCAAAAAACAAUUCGUCUCCUGUAUGGCAGGCAUUUCCCUCCCUCCUUCCCUCACAUUUCUCUUGCACCAAGACCCACUUUCCCUUUUCUUUGAAAUGCCUGCCACACAGGCUAAGUGAUGUCAUUCAAUCUGUUUACCCGUUUACACUGUUUAAUAUAUAUCAAGCCAUAAUAUUAUUUGCAUAUUUUGGUGGCUUUAGUUAAAAUAUAAAUUGCUUGAUCAUUGAAUGUACUUUUGAUAUUGGAAGGCUGAAAAGAUGGUGACAGGGAAAGGAAAUAGAAAAAGUGGAACAAUGGGGCAGUAAAGUUGUGAGACUAAGAACCUGAAUUAACUAAGUAAGCCUAAACAGAUUCUUAUAUAAAUAGAAGUUAGCACAAGUUUAGGCUAUUUAGGUUUUUAAAUGGAUUCAUAUUUUCUGAAGAAAAAAUGUAGCUAAGAGUAUUUGUGUUUCACCUUAUUCCUUACAUAAAGUCUGCAUACCAAAUUAGAAGUUAUGUGAGAAUGGACAUAAAAUGAUGAAUGUAUUUAAAUUUAAACAUUGGCAUUUACAUUGCGGUUCAAGUGAUAAGACAGCUUUGUAUCCAAAGAAGAUUCUAAAUGUUGAUUUAUCUCUGCUAAGUGUACAGAACUUUUUCAUAGAUUUCAAAAAUAAGAACCAGUGUUUCAAAUUCUAGGCAAAACAGGUUUUUAUAUAGAGGGGGCUCAUCUGGCAUAUUUAAGCCUAACAGGUUCUUAAAAUUCAGGUUCUAAUUAAGUCAGGAGGGUUUUACUGUACUACUAGGAUCCAGCUCUGCAAUAACUGGUAACCCAAAAGCCCUCUUUACGGACAACCGCUUGAUACAGACACCUGAUCAAGGCUGUGCUCUAGCAGAGCCCUGUGGCCCCUGGCACCUAACUUUUGCUUUUGUGACUAGAAAAUCUCAGACUUUUCAUACAAAUCAUAUGCUGGGCAGCCUAGAUUUUACAGGUUCAGAGAACUGGGCUCCUUUCAAUGUUCCUUAGAGCACAGCCUUGCUCAUCAUUACAGACAGCUUGCUUUGUUCCGUGGAAAAAAGCCUUAAAUUUUCACUAAAUUAAGAUGGAUAAUUUCUACGGUCCCCUCAGUGUCUGCAUAACAGAGUUGACUGUGAGUAUGAUGAGACCUAUGACACCAUAUUUAAAUUAUAAAAUUGGGGUGAGGAGAAAGGAAAGGGGUCUCAAGCUAUGUUGCCCCAGCCUUGAUUACAGGAGAUUUGUAAACAUGUGUAUGAAUUUCACAUUUUGAAGAGUUUUUAUAAUCCAAAAAAUAUGUGAUAACAUGUGUUUGUACAUACUGACACAAUCAUUAAACAAAUAGUGGCUGAAGCUUUUAAAAUCUAUUGACUGCAUCACGCUUUGUAAUCACAAAUAUGCCAUUUUCAGUUUCAAUCCAGUUGUAAGACAUUCUAUGAGUCAUACCAAUAGAAAAUAUAUGGGCAAAUAAAGAUGCUCAAUAUUAUAUUAAUUAUAAAGAGGACACAAGUUCAUUGUACACAAAUGCUCUCUACUUUAUUUACUUGUCUUCAUGUGAUGAUAAAUACAGAUGUUAAGCAAAACGAAAUGCAGACUUCCUGCCAACAGAGAAACAAGUCCUUGAAAAGAUGACCCCCUCAACUUCGAUUCUCUUAUUACAGCUAGCAAGUGAACAUCUUGCAAUGCUGAAUGACAAAACAAAAGAAGCUCACUGUGUUUAAAUACCGCGGCCGGGUAUUCUGAAGAAGCUCCUAGUAUUUUAUGAGUAUAUCACAGCUAUGCAUAUCAGUACCUCUUAGCACUAGUUGCACUAAUUUCACGGUGAAUUCAAAAUUUUCGGCGAACCGCGGGUCUUACCUCCACUGCUUUUCAUGAUUGAAGCAUUGAACAAAGCGUUUCUGUGCCGACUUUUCUCGCUCAGUUGCAAACUGGAUGCAAGUGAUUACGAACAAAAUACACCAGAAUACACUUAUCAACGGAUUGACCCUGUUUUUUCCCUGAGAAUUGGACAGACUUUCUUUUUCAAGAGCUUCCGGAAGAGAUUCAAAGCAAAAUCGUAUAUAUCUACAGCGUAAUUAACGAAUAUUCCCUCCGCAGUCGAGAUGUUCACUCCUUGCCAUCUUGACACAAAUGAUCAGAUUUUGAAUACCGCCCAUGAUGCUUAGCGAUCGUAGUGCGCACACCGCCUGGGUAAAAAUCAGAUAAAUCUGUAAAGGCCUGCAUUGUCUUUCGUGUCGUGACAUGUCAUUACAUAUCACAUACUAAAAAUAAAUAGGCAAAAGCUAAAUUUAAUUUAGCGAUGAAAGUAGAGCUAGCUAGCUGGCUACCUAAUCCACAAAAGGUUCAUUUGUCCUGAACAUUUCACUGAUAGUAUAGAAAAAAAAUACUUCUUCUGCACUUAAACGACGGCUUUCCAACAAGAUGAUCUGUUCCAAAAAGGUGAUAGUUUUAGGGCGGCCGCGGUUUCGUUGAAAUUCGUAGCAGCUUUCGCGGAAAGUUUCACGGGAUCUCAGUAAUAACCUAAAUGAUUAUUAAAAAGAAUAGUGUCCGUAUUUUUCACCCAAACAUUUUUGUAAACGGACCAGAAUCUUAAUUUUCCAAAUAAAAAAACAUGAAAUAUUGGGCGGCGUACGUUGCCCUAAUGUUUCUCAUAUGGUGCAAAAACUUUGAUGGGUAUCACAGUCCAUAUGACAACAUGCGGUUUUUUUUUUCCGCCUGCUCAGGAGGUCAAAGGAUGUGAUUUUUCAUUAAAAUGAAAAGUUAAAACAAUAAAUGAAUUGACAAAGUUCUGCUUGACUUGUUUAGAAAAUAAUUUGUUCAAUUGUUAAAUAAUUAACUAACAGUUCACUGAUUUAUUAACUUUGGCGAUCUUAUUCUUUUAGGCCUGGGCACCCCAGCUAAAAUGCUUGGAAGCCUGAAAGGCUCCCUGAAAUUUUCCUUAGGGUACCUGUAGUUAUUGGAAGUCUGAUACAUUACAUGCUUUAUUGUUGAAUGUGGAAGUGCAUUUGUUGAGGACAUUAGUAAAGGGGGAAUGCGAAUUUUAGUGAACUACCACAUACUCUCAACACUUUUUUUUACCGUAUUUACGCGUGUAUAAUACGCACCCUAAUUUUUGACCACUUUUUUCCAAAAAAAAAAGAUUUCUAGACAAACACCAAGAAUUAAAACUUCAAUUUUUCAAUUUACAAUUUGGCAAUUAACAAGAGCGGAGAAUUCAUUAAUAAUAUGUUUACAGCAAUUUCUAACUACUUUCUACCACAAAUAUUGCACGCACCGAGUAACAGAACAUCUCUGUCUCUCCUGCACACAUUUGUUGUUGAUACACUUAUAAGAGUAUUUUCCCCAUAGUUUCCCAAUAGGCUGCACGCUAGACCAAUAGUGGAAUCUCUAGAUGGGAUUCUUCUUUUUGACUUAUUAAUAAGUUUUCAACACCUAAUGCAAGGUGCAAAGAAAGUCAGUUUUACAGCUUGCCAUUUGGGCUGUAGCUAGCAUGUAUUUAAUAGCUCGAAAAAUGUUUUGAUGAGCAGGAUUGGUUACAGGUCUUAUUCUGUAAUUAGAAUUCCCCCAAAAACUUCCUUUGCCAACUGGGCAAAAUCCUGAUAGCAAAAUCCAGUAGCCCUGGGCUAUCAGACAUGACUUCCUUUGCACUCUGCUACAGGUAAUUUGGUUUACCAAAAUGUUAACUGUUCUAUUUUCUUAUUUUUUUUAAUCAACAGGAAUUGAAAUGAAGUUUAAAAAUCAAAACUACCCAAUCCUUAUUGCAGCGACUCACAUCCCAGAGUUGAAUGCUGUAGAAGAGACUGCAGAUGGUAUCAUAUUUGGAGCAUCUGUUACCGUUACUACUCUUGAACACGUACUUAAAGACGCCACUCAUUCUAUGUCUGGUAAAUAAUAAUAAUAAUAUAUUUUUUUUCUCGUUACAAUACAUUAUGCACAUUUAGUUACUGCUUAUUCCUCCUCUCCAAAGAAAGCUUAAAAUGGGGUCACUGGAAAAAAUGUUAGAGCACCAAAAAUGCCCCAAACUAGGUUGGUCUGGGGGCAUGCUCCCCCCCCCAAAUUUUUCAUUUUAUUUCAGAUUUCAGCUGUAUGCAUGGGCCUAUGUGCAUUUUUAGAUGCUGAAAAAUAAUAGGGCAGGUCUCCUGUGCUGAAGAUAGCAGAAUGUCAUUCAGCUCUUAUUUUUUUGGUAAGAGGUAGGGAUCUUUAGAUGCACCGCUUUGGUGUGGUAAACGCUGAGGGAAAGGGGGCAAUGUUACUCACCCUGAUUUCCUUAGCUGCUCACUUUAGUUAUGCUGUGUCCAGGUUUUUUCAUGUCUGUUAUGACUGCUUGUUAUUUAAUUUUCCAGUGUACAAGACUAGAUGGUUUUCCGCAAUACUUCACAUGCUUAAGUGGUUUGCUGGUCAUCAAAUAAGAAAUGUCGCAGUAAGUUGACCAUACAUCAAGUGACGGAGAUCACUGUCUAAUAAUAAUAAUAAUGAUAAUUAUUUCCGUAGUUCAGAAUACUUAAGAAGAAUGUUGAUGGGAAAAUUGGACAAAAUAUACUAUGGUUAAGGGUUCAGCUUGUAGUCCAUGCAGGAUUAGUAGAGUUGCAGAGCUGUAUAGGGGUAACAGAUGCCACCAAGGCAUUUUGAGCGCUACGUAUACAUAUGUCGUAUACAUAAACCCCCCCCAAUUGCACCCAAAACUUAGUAUUGCGAUGUACAAUCAUGCUAAAUAAUGAGCUAUUUCAUUGCCAAAAGUGAAAUCAAAAGAGAAUCAAAGACUCCUAAGAGCUAACCCAUUCAUACAUAUUAUAACAAAAAUGAUGGCAGUUGCUCACAGGUACAUGUAGAUGGAGAAUCACUUACCGGUAUUAGCUAUAGGGUUGUCAUUUUUGUACCAUAUGAUAUGUACAAAUCACGCUUUACAGAGACUUCUUCAAAAAGCAUUUUGCCCAAUAAUUUAAUCUCUCUCAAAAAGUGGAUCAUGAAUUAAACUUUUUAUUCAUGUUAUCCUGUAAAAAACAGUGCAAUCUUUGAGGUCAUGUACAAUAAGAAGCCUUAAAAUUCAUGCCUACUGCUUUUUUGUGCACUUUAGCUUUUGUCAGUGUUCACCCAUAAGUAAAUAGUCAAUUGGCCAACUAGAGCAUGUGCUUUCUUGUUUCAUUUAAAAACAAUAUAAUAGUGAAUAGUGAAUUCAUUUAAUGAAUUCACUGCACCUUAGGCCAUUGGAGGGAAUAUUAUGACUGCCAGCCCUAUAUCCGACUUGAUUCCAGUGUUUAUGGCUGCUAGGUGUAUGCUAACAUUGGCUGCUGCUGGAGGUCAGUAAAAUUAUAUAUUAUUUAUAAUAAUAUUAAUACAAAACCUCGCUUUCAAUUCCUGUAUGUUCGUGAGCCAACAGCCUUUGCACAACCAUCCUAUCCGUAUUCUUCAUGAGCUAGGGAGGGGCUAUUUGCAAAAAGGCAGUAAUAUUUUAAUUUGGAAGAACGCAAUGUAAAGUUUAGCUUGAAUUUCCAGUAGGUGUUGGUGGGGAAAAAAAGAGCAUACAGUCUUCGCCUGGGUUCAAGGAAAGCUGCCACAGGACACCAAGUCCUAAAUAGAUCGAAUCACAUUUUUCGUAACUGUGUAUAAACUCACCCAUGUAAAUAUUUCUUUUUGUAACACUUGUAAAUAUUUUUGCCUUGUUGUAAUUGUAUUAUUGUAUAGAAUAACCCUGUAUAGAGGAGUCGUAAUAAAGUGUCUGUUAUGUUAAGUCUUUGUCUUUUAUUUACCAAAGCUAACAACUUUGGAUUGAUUUUUUGAAAAUUUGAAAAAAUAUAUAUUCACUUUUUUUCUUAUCUCCUGAACUUUGGAAGGAAAAAAAAGAAGAGUCAGACUGGACGAGAGUUUCUUCACUGGCUACGGGAGGACAAUACUGGAACCAAGUGAGGUGUUGGUUAACAUUCUCGUCCCAUUUACUGAGAAGGUAAAGUUGCAAUAUAUGCAUAUAUUCCGUGAGGGUAAGGGGCCACGCCCAGUACUGAGGAUACAAAGGGGAGGGGUAGAGACUUAGAUGUAGAGUAUGGUGAGAGGUGCGGGGCUGUAAGCUAGAAUGAAUGGCAACUCCAAGGGUCUUGAUCAAAACUUUCAGUGUAGUCAAUGUAUCUCUGCUGAUUGAUUGAGGGUAGACGAUACCAAGAUUGCUUAUAAUUCAUUUUGUUUGAUAAUUGCAUACUGCAUUUAAAACUCCCGUGAAAAUUCCUAUUGUAACCAUCACCUUCAUAAGAUUGUUGGCUUUUUGAAUGAUGAGUGUUUUGAACUAUAAGUAAAGUAAUGACAUUCCGUUAACCACCCCACAGUGGUAGACUAUAAGUGAUUAUGAUUUCUUACAUGAGCUUCUUCAGGAGUCAAUAAAUACGUAAAAGGAAAUCUACAUUCCAGUUCUGAAUGUUCCGGUGUACAAAGUAUCCACUGGGUCAAGAUGGAAGUGUUGGAUUUCCCUACUUACCUAUAUCUUUUAUUUAUGCUUCUUCAGAAGUCAAUUAAGACGGAAUCCAACAGUAAAUUCAGUAAUUUUAAUUUUAAUUUUAGUGUACAAAAACUUCUACCAGAAUAAUGUAAACAAUAUCGUAUUCUUUUUUACUUUUUUCAAGGGCAAUAGAUAUAAUGAGUUAUCCCUAAUAACACCAACGACUAUUUCUCGUGGGAGCCCGAGAAAAUAAAUGUCAAAUUUUACAAUUGUGUAAAAUUCUGCUUUUUGUGAAAUUUGACAUUUAUUUUUGGGGUUCUCGUAAGAAAUUUUCUUUGGUGUUAAUACUGAUAUUUAAUUAAAUCUAUAGCCCUUGAAAAAUGCAAUAAAGAAUGCGAUAUUGUUUAAAUUAUUCCAGUACAAGGUUUUUGUCUACAGAAAAUUAAAAUUACUCAAUUUCCUGAUGGAUUCCUUCUUAAUACUUCAAAGGAAAUCUAAAUGCCACUUCAGAAUGUUCCAGUGUACAAUAAUUGAUGGAAGUGUUGGCUUUCCGUACUAAUUUGGUUUGAUUUAUAAUCACAUUAUGUAUGUAUUAAUUUUAUUUAUAUUUUGAACAAUAUUUACCCAGGGGUGCCCAGUUCAGCAAGGCUGGUUUGAAUGGGGCCCUGAUGAAAAGAAAAAAUAACACAAAAAACAAUAACAGAUAAAAAAUGGAACAACUAAGUAUAGCGAAAGUGUUGGAGGCUCAAUUUGGCUUGGAUCUAAAGUGCCUUUUUAGGCCAAACCCAAACUUAUUUAAAUCAAGCUCGCUCCUCAGGGCCAGAGGAAGCGUGUUCCAGAGCUUGGCUCUGCUGAACCUAGAAGGAGCCCUGGUACUUAGUUUUAUUACUGUUUGAUUUGUUGCUUUUUAGUAUUCAUGCAUUGGUCUAUUAUUUGUUUUAACAAUGAGCUUUUUCAUUUUUCUUAAAGCAUGAAUAUGUUUACGCCUUCAAACAAGCUCGUCGGCGAGAAAAUGACAUUGCCAUAGUUAACACAGGAAUGAGGGUAUUGUUAGAAAAGCAAGGCAAUUCUUCUUCAUGGAAGAUCAAAGACUG